GCACGGCCUCGCUGAGCGGCAUGGCGUUGGGACGACGAGGAGGGUACUGGGGCGACGUGACGGCCACGAUCGACUGGUGCGAGCCCAAUUAUGCCGUUAGCCCGUACAUAGCCGAGUUCUACAACACAUGGAGUAACAUUUGGUUCAUCGUGUUGGGACUCUAUGGCCUCCAUCGCUCGGUAGCCGAAGGGUUUGAGCUGCGAUUCCACCUCAUCUACGCCAAUAUUGUCGUCGUUGGUAUUGGCUCUGCGAUGUUUCACGGCACUCUGACAUUUGUGUCCCAGCAGUGCGACGAAACACCCAUGGUCUGGUCGAUGCUCCUUUGGUUUUACAUUCUCUAUGCCCCGCUAUGGCAACAUAAUGCAGUCGUGGACACGAUCGCUGAAAUCUCCCUGACGAUCGUCGGAAUAGCGUUUGCGAUUUUGCAUGCGAUCCACCGCUACACGACGGCUUUUCAACUCCUCUUUGCAGCGUUGGUUGUCGUGUGCUUGCCAAGGUUGCGCUGGUAUUACUCCAACUUAUCCGAUCGUUAUGCCAAGCGCGUCGCGGUCACGUACCUCGCAGCCAUCCUCCUUGGCACAGCCUGCUGGUUGAUCGACUAUCACUAUUGCGACGCUGCAUUUAACCUGUACGGCCACGUGUGGUGGCAUGUCUUCAUGAGCAUCAAUGCGUACUGCGGCCCGUUGUUUAUGCAGUACGUUCGGGCCGAUUCCAAAGGCCAGCAGCCGUCGAUCCAGGCCAGCCCGACUGCGUUCCUCGUGACCAUCGUAGUAAGCAAUAAGAAGACAAUCUAACCAGUUGUGAACUGC